AUGCCAGGAGAAAGAAGGUCCGGCAGAACGAACAAGGGCCAACAUACCAAGAGAUAUCUCGACGAGUUCGAGGACAAUGCUGUUAGCAUAGAUGGAACUAGAACCAAAAAGUCCAGACUUUCUAACGAAUAUGAGAACGACAGUCACAACGAAGAAGGCGUGGUUAGGUGUAAUCCUUGUGGCACUAAUCAGGAUAACUAUGACGAGGAACAUGACAAAGGCGGAACCUUCAUCCAAUGCGACGAGUGCAAUACAUGGCAGCAUGCUAAGUGCAUGGGGUUCAAGAAGGCUAACAUUCCUGACCUCUACAAUUGUGAUGUUUGUGAUCCUUCCCUCCAAGAGCCAGAACCAGUAAGUAAACCUAAACCUGUAGAAGAACUUAGUAUGAAGGAUGUGUUGAAGGAUGACCACCGAGUCAGUAUUGGCAAGGCAUUCUAUAACUACUUCAGAAAAAGUUUCCCGGCUGACUAUAACAUCACCGAGGAAGAAAAAGACAAGAAGGCUACUCGUUGGGCGCUAGAAAUCGAAGACAUAAUUUUCCGUACCUACUCUGGUAAGCAGUAUAUAUCAGAAGGUAGACGUAUCUUAUUCUUGCUAAAAAAGUACUUCAUGAAAGAUAUCAUAGCUGGAACCAUAACGUUGAGUGAUGUUGUUAACAAAACCCCCAAGGAAAUCAACCAGGAUAUCGAAAGAAUAGAAGCUGAAAACAGAGGCAAUAUCAAAAACAUCAUUUUGACUGAAAAUGACCACUCUGAUAUCAUUAGAAGAACCCAUAAGGGAGACAUUGUUCGAGAGAAUGAGAACGAUGAACCUAGCUAUUUAGAAGAGAGCAUUGCUACAAGAAAAGUAGACCACAGAAUCUUUUCUGCUGACGAUGCACCUAAACCUAGAAUUAUCUCUGAUGAAAACAAAUUUCAUUCUUACCAGAAUUUGAACCCAAGAUUUUUUGAUGAUAAUGACGAAGAUGAAGAUGAAGUCGAACCCGUAGAAGAAGAAGCCAAUGAAACCUCGAAUCAGCAACGACGGACUUCUACAGAAAGAAAUUCGUCAUCUGAGUCAAGUGAUUUGGAACAUGUAACAGAACCGAUCGAGGACGAGUUAUUGCCUAUUCUUGGAGUGGAGAGCAAAAGUCCAAAAGUGGGUCCUUCGGUAUGGUCUGGUUCGAUUGAGUUUCCGGACUUUGCCAGUUUCAAAGCUUCUGCUAACUUUUACUCUAGUAGCAAUGAAGAAAGCAGGGACACGUCGAUUAACGCUUGCUAUGAUUUGAUGACCCAGAAUACGUACUCCAUUUUGGGACGUUUAGACAGAGUCACAGCCGAUAAGUACUUGAACAAGAUCAUUAGUUCACGGGAUCUCUACUUAGUUGAAAUAAAGAGUACCAGUGACACCGAAACUGAGUUUCAGAAGUUGUACCAGUAUUUACUUAUAGAGAACAAGGUGGGUGUUCUUUCUGGUAGACCUGAAUUCGUAAAGGACUCCUACAUUAUGCCCAUCGACUUUCGUGACAGCAGAUUGCCUUUCUAUUUGGAAGAACAUAAACGAGACAUGAGAAUCGGCUUGUUUGUGUUGUUUGUAGUCAAGAGAGGCUAUACCCCAGUAAGCGAUGCUGCAAUUGCCCCAACCCACACACAUAGCCAUAAUGUAAGCAGAAACAACAGCAUUAGCAGACCUGAAGAAUCUGCCCUGACGAAGUUGGGAGCAAUUAUGUCGCAACUUGGCGGUGGUUCUAGCUACCAGUAUGUAUAA